CAAACACACACAUAUUUAAAUUUUUGUAUUUUUUUAUAUAAAAUAUAUCUUACUGGUAAUAACUUGUCAUGUGAUCAAAAAUGAUUCGAAAAUCAACUCGCAUGUUGCGCAGCUAUUUUCAUCUCUUCUUUGGUCCAGCAUUUCGACUGACAAGCAGAUUUCCCGAAGCCUUUGAAAUAUGCAAAGAAUUCAGGAUAGGCAGAGAAAAAAUGCUGCAAAUUGCGAAUGCCCUCACCAAGGAGAUACAACUCGGCCUGGCCAGGGAAACGCACCCACAGGCCAUAGUGAAAUGCUUCCUCACCUACAUUCAGGAUCUGCCCACGGGCAAAGAACGUGGCAAGUUCAUGGCCCUGGAUUUGGGUGGCACUAACUUUCGUUGUUUGCUCGUCAAUCUCACCGAUGGCGCAGUAAUGCAGAGCACGCUCAAAUCGUUUGCCAUUUCCGAGGAACUGAUGCAGGGUCCUGGAACGGAUCUGUUUGACUUUAUAGCUGAGUGCCUGGCGGGAUUUUCAGAUUGGUAUCAACAAGGGCAUUUUGCGGCGCUGGACUAAAGGAUUCAGAUGCGAAGGAGUCGAGGGCAAAGAUGUCGUGGAGUUGCUGCAAAGUGCCAUCGAUCGCCGUGGCGAUGUAAAUGUCAA